AUGGGGUGGCCCCCACAAUCUCCAGACUUGAAUCCUAUCAAAAACAUGUUGGCUUUGAUGAAAAGGCGUUUCAAUGAGUAUGAAACCGCAACCAAGGGUAUGAGUGAAUUAUAUGAGCGAGUAACUGAGAUUUGGUAUGACCAAAUGAAGCCGGAGGACUGCCAAAAGGUUAUAGAAAGCAUGCCUCGACGUACUGCGGCCGUUAUCAAAGCAAAAGGGAAAUGGACAGAGUAUUAA